AGUGCUCUCGGCUCGCGGCUCUUCAGUCUCCAUAGCUCGGAUCCCGCCCGGUACCAAGCCCGGAAGCCCGAGCGGCUACCCCUCAGUGGACCGAGCGGAACCGGUUCAUGUGUGAGUGCGAUGAGGAGGAGUUUCAGAGUUUGAGGCCAUGGGCUGCACCUCGGCCAAGCAGGUGUCGGCUGUGCCCAACGAUGAGGAGGGACGCGGCAAGGCCUACAGCAAUGGAGACCUCUUCUCUGAUGAAUACAAGAUGAAGGGAGUGGAGGAGGUGAAGUACAUGAGAGGGGAUGAAAAUCGAGUGAACGCACGCAACCAAGAGAACUUGGAGAAGAGUAAUGCGGAGUUCAGAGGCAAACAGCAGAAAGAGGUGGCUACAUCGAACCUCAAGUCGAAUAUUCACACGUCAGAGAGCCAGCAGGAAUUUUUCAGGAUGCUGGAUGAGAAGAUUGAGAAGGGACGAGACUACUGUUCGGAGGAAGAAGAAGAAGAUGGGACAUAGCACACAGGCCCUCAACCCCACCCCACCCCCCCAAGAGAGCCUCAAUGAGUGUGUGAGAGUGUGUGAGUGUGUCGAUGAGCGUGCCUGAAAGAGAAAGCAAGUUUAUAAUGGGGGUGUUGUUUCGAUGGGACACUGAGCUGGUGUGGGUGAAGAUUAUUUUUUUUAAACAUACGGCAAAAUUUGUACUUUUAAGUGCACGUGAAAGAGAGAGAGAAUGGGAUAAAGAACAAUUUCUUCCGAGCCUACAGCCCUCCUCUCUCAGCAUCUCAUCCCUUCAGGCCUCUGAGCAGACAGAUGGAGGUGCUGAGGCAAUGAACGGACAGGCGGAUGAAAAGGCGGGGGAGACGGAGGAGAGAUGACGGGUGCGCACACUUCUUCGCAGGCGGAGUGAAGAACCUGUCAUCGUCAGGGCAAACAGAGCUGUUUCCUUCAGUGGAAUACCUUUGCGACCCUCCGUCAACCUCCCCCCACAGCCAAACACACACUCUCGUCCCCUCUGUGGCCUGAAACUGAUGAACAUGUGACCCCCGCAGACGGACAAAGGCCCAGUGGAGAUCCGUGUCCUGGAGGAAAAGAAUAAGCAGAGGAAAUAUCUACCUCUUCUUGGACCCUCACCGAACACUUUGGCUUAACCACCUAAUCAGGAGAGAAAGGACUGAAAGGGUGAGAGAGAGAGGAGACAAAGGGGGAACGUGGGAUAUUUUAUUAACGAGAAGUAUGAAGUGAGCUGGUAUUUUAGAAACUCUAAACUCCUCCUGCCUUCUGAAGUCAAGAACCGUGUUUGAUUUUUUUUAAUUUUGUGCCACAGCCACUUAUUCAGUUUUUCUUUCCUUUUUAUAAAGAUGUUUCCAGCUCGUUUCAUUCUUGACUUCCAUCGUUGUGUACCACCAUCAUCAUCAUCAGUCAUUUUGAUUCUCAGCGUUAUUUUAAACCAACUACAGCGCCACAAUUCAGAGUGUCUGUGUCUCAACCAAACUCCUUUUCCUUCAAAAUAUCCUCUCUCACACACACAUGUCGAGGACUAUUUAAAUACAGCAACACAAUGCUUUUUUUUGUUGACAUUUUAUUUUCAAAACAGGCAUCUUGGCUUAUUUGUACACAACGGGUAAACGCACGUUAUAAUCUGUUUCACCAGCAGAAUGUCGUGUGCAGCCUAUUAUCUGUUUUUAAUUAAGCGUUCACACAUAAAGAUAUAUAAAUGCACACAUUCAUAAACACUGAAGCUGUAAACAGGGAUGAGCUUAAGGGGAGGAUGAGUGGUUGCCGUGGAGACACAGACCGUUAUUUUUUUUUUUCAUCUUGACAUGAUAUGUCCUGUUGUAUUAUUUUGAGUACUUUUUUCUAUUAAAAAUAAAAAA